AUGACAUCCCCGCGCUUUUCCAAUACCAUCCUCGUUCCAGGAACGAGCGGCAGCAGCCCUUCACUGCAGACGCUGGGAGCGUUGGACCAGCCACGGAAGAAGCGACCCCAUCGGAAGAGUCGGAAGGGCUGUGAUGCUUGUAAGCGGCGGAAGGUCAAAUGUGAUGAGAGAGUUCCAUGCACGAAUUGUUUGCAGCGCAAUGAGCAGUGUUUUCAGCCGCAUCAUAUCUCUGUUGCUAUUCCCGUCGUGGCUAAGGCAAUAGACCCGGUUCCAUGGAUCAAUCUCAUGCAUCUCGAGCUGUUUCAUCACUGGGAUAAGGAAACCCGAGCGACCCUUUCAUUUCCGCAGAUCUGGCCCUUAGUCAUGCAGCAAGCCUUCCAGGAAGAUUUCGUCAUGUCGGCCAUCCUCUGCACUUCGGCAAUGCAACUUUCUUCACUGUGCCCCCACGAGCCCAGAUACAAAGACGCUUCCGAGCAUCUAAUGGCUAAAACCGUGCAAUUAUUCCGCAAGAACUUAUCCCGCCCUCUUAACAGGCAAAACUGCGAAGCACUCAUGGGAACAGCCCUUCUUGUCAACUACAUUUCAUGGUUUGAUCUUGACUUCCUCCACGGCCAGACCAAACUGGACCUUUCGAAAGAUCAAUUAUUCUUCCUGACCCCCGGAAUCAUUGAGAUGUGGUUUCGGUCAAUGCCCAUCUUCAUUGACCAGGGAAGCAUUUUUGCCGACGUCGCACGGCGUUCUCCGAGAUUUCACAUUGAACAGGCUCUUGUGUCUUGGGGUCAUGACCCAGAGCGCUUUGUUGGUUUGUUCAUGGAGAUCUGGGAUGAUCCUUGGUAUCAGCGCGAGAGUUCCCCUGUGCCGAGUGACGAACCGACAUCGUGCGCUUGGCGACUUCUUCUCGGCAUGGAGAACCAGAUACCACAUCCUUCCCCCAAGUCUCCUCCAUCGGAGGAAUCGUGUGAAGAGGAUACAAAUAAUCAGUCACUCACGCAUCUCAAAGAGGUCAUCACCGAUGUCACUGACAAGUUUACCUCCCCUACUCCUACUCACCCCACCGCGUCGAUGGUUCUGUCGUCCCAAACCGAUCGCUCAGUCUUCGAAACCCUCGUGUACCGAAUAUCGCCCCUUCUGUGCUGUGCAUCACUUGCCACAGGCCCUUUGAGCUGUGACAUGACUUCUAUUAGGGCUGACAUUGAGGAGCUGUUCUUUGGUAUUCCAGCACUUUGUUCCGGACCGAUUGCCCGUUGGAUCAGCGACGGAGACUCGAGGGUUCUCGUGUUGUUGUGUUACUUUUACCGUGCGGCGCAAAUUCUUCUGUCGACGAAGAGAAAUUGGUGGGGGUAUACGAGAAGUUGUGUCAUGGAGCAUUUGAUCUUGGAUAAACUCAAGUCCCGAGGCCUUGAUGUUGUGUUGCUCAUUUGA